GAGACUCCCCCUUACGUCAUUUUCCUGCGCCAAAAGUCGCAUUACACCGGAACUUGCUAAUAUUCAACAUGGCUUUAAGCAAAACAUACGGACAGAGACCCAUUAAGUUUCAGCUGGAGGAUGGGGAAUUUUACAUGAUCGGAUCAGAGGUGGGGAAUUUCUUGCGCAUGUUCAGGGGAUCUUUAUACAAGCGGUACCCAUCACUUUCAAGAAGACUAGCAACAGUAGAGGAGAGAAAGAAAAUUGUAGCAUCAUCUCACGAUCACGGUUACACCACUUUAGCCACCAGUGUGACGCUUCUGAAGGCCUCAGAAGUAGAAGAGAUAUUUGAAGGACAUGACGAGAAGUACAAGGCUGUGUCCAUCAGCACUGAGCCUCCAGCCUAUCUCCGAGAGCAGAAAGCUAAAAGAAACAGCCAGUGGGUGCCCACUCUUCCUAACAGUUCCCAUCACUUGGAUGCUGUGCCGUGCUCCACCACGAUCAACCGCAACCGACUGGGUCGUGACAAAAAGAGGACCUUCCCCCUCUGCUUUGACGAUCAUGAUCCUGCUGUCAUCCACGAGAAUGCCACCCAGCCUGAGAUCCUGGUGCCCAUCCGACUUGACAUGGAGAUUGACGGGCAGAAGCUGCGUGAUGCUUUCACCUGGAACAUGAACGAGAAGCUCAUGACACCAGAAAUGUUUGCUGAAAUCCUGUGUGAUGAUCUGGACCUGAGCCCCCUGACCUUUGUUCCUGCCAUUGCUUCAGCCAUUAGACAGCAGAUAGAAUCCUACCCUACAGACAGCAGUAUACUGGAUGAGCAGAUGGACCAGAGAGUCAUCAUCAAGUUAAAUAUACAUGUUGGGAACAUAUCUCUGGUUGAUCAGUUUGAAUGGGACAUGUCUGAGAAGGAGAAUUCUCCUGAGAAGUUUGCCCUGAAGCUGUGCUCUGAGCUGGGCCUUGGGGGAGAGUUUGUCACCACUAUUGCAUAUAGCAUUCGUGGCCAGCUUAGCUGGCAUCAGAGGACGUAUGCCUUUAGUGAGAAUCCUCUGCCCACGGUAGAGAUUGCCAUCAGAAACACGGGUGAUGCUGACCAGUGGUGUCCAUUACUGGAGACACUGACGGAUGCUGAGAUGGAGAAGAAGAUCAGGGACCAGGACAGAAACACAAGGCGAAUGAGGAGACUUGCGAACACAGCCCCAGCAUGGUGAAGAAAACGCAGUUUUCCCAUAACUAUGGAAACCUAAAGAGAGAAAGAGCAAAUGCCAAUAGUGCAGCAUUACUGACAUAAAGACAGAGACAGUCCAUUUGCCAGGCCUGAAGGCUUUAACCUUUUCUCUUGGUCCAAUCCAUCCAGAUUUGAGUUGAGCAACCUAAUAUAUUCUUUAAACUUCAGCAACAUUUGCUUCAGUCUGGCUUAGUCACAAGUCUUGUGUCAUGACCUUUUCCUCCACCCAGUGUCUGUUUGCUCGGAGACAGAUGGUUUCAGUUUUGAGGUGUUGAGAGUAUUUUAUGAUAUCUUUAUUUGUGUUGUUUUUGUGUUUGUGUAUAGAUGCCUUUUUGUAAACAUAAUGUGCUUUUAAAUAAAAUUAUAAUUAAUGAUUUUAA